UCUCCCAUUAAUGAACUCCACCUCUCUCCCAUCAAUAACUCCACCUCUCUCUCUCUUCUAAUUCUGUCUCUAAUAGAAAACUCUCUGUCUCUCUCUGCACUGUCAUGAAUUCAAUGGAUGACCUGUAACAAUGGCAGGCGUGAUUUAUAAGUUUAGCCUGAAUUAGCAGGAGGGCGAAGGUGGGGACUUUCUCUCUCUGCUAAGAGUAAAGAGUUUGGUUCUCUCUCUCUCCACUCAGUAAGACGAAGACUUAAAGAGAUAGGGGCUUUCUAUCUGUAAAAGGAAUAGCUCUCUCUACUGAGCAAGUAAGAAGAAUUAGAGAGAUGGGGCACUACGUUUGUGGGACUGGGCUGUUCGAGAGCGAUAGAAUAUCCAGAGAGGGAAGUCAUUACAGUCUCUCAAGCGGUUUCCUCCCUUCUCUUGGGGCUCGAAGCAACCGCAUGGUCAAGCUCCGAAAGUUCAUCGUCUCUCCCUAUGAUCGUCGCUACAGGGCGUGGGAAACUUUCCUGAUAGUGUUGGUGGUGUACUCGGCUUGGGUAUCUCCUUUCGAGCUGGGGUUCAUGACGAAGGCCGAGGGUGGCCUCCUGGUGGCCGACAACGUCGUCAAUGGCUUCUUCGCAAUCGACAUCCUUCUCACCUUCUUUGUUGCCUUCUUGGAUCGGCGCACCUAUCUCUUAGUUGAUGAGCCAAAGAUGAUUGCCUUCCGCUAUAUCUCCACCUGGUUCGCUUUCGACGUUGCCUCUACCAUUCCCUUUGAGUUGUUCGCGUCGAGGCUCUUCCGAAUCUCGCCUCUUGCCUCCGGCAUCCUCAACAUGCUACGACUUUGGCGUCUCAGGAGAGUCAGCGCCCUCUUUGCCAGGUUGGAGAAGGAUAUAAGGUUCAACUACUUUUGGACGCGUUGUGCCAAGCUUGUCUGUGUAACCCUCUUUGCGGUCCACUGUGCUGGGUGCUUUUACUAUCUCUUGGCUGCAAGGUACUAUGACUGGAGGAGGACAUGGAUUGGGGCUUCUAUACCAAACUUCAAGGAGAAGAGCCUUUGGAUUCGCUAUGUGACCUCUAUGUACUGGUCCAUCACCACUCUCACCACUGUGGGUUAUGGUGAUCUGCACCCAGAGAACACGAGAGAGAUGGUCUUUGACACCUUUUACAUGCUCUUCAACCUUGGCCUUACUGCUUAUCUCAUUGGCAACAUGACCAACCUCGUUGUUCAUGGCACCAGUCGAACUAGGAAAUUCAGAGACACAGUUCAAGCUGCUUCAAGCUUUGCUCAGAGGAAUCAGCUACCUUUGAGAUUGGAAGACCAGAUGCUCUCUCACCUCUGCCUCAAGUUCAGAACAGAGGGAUUACAACAACAGGAGACACUUGAAUCUCUUCCUAAAGCCAUCAGAUCUGGCAUCUCCAACUACCUCUUUUAUGCCCUUGUCGAUAAAGUUUAUCUCUUCCAAGGAGUCUCUAAUGAUUUCCUAUUCCAAUUGGUCUCGGAGAUGAAAGCAGAGUAUUUUCCUCCUAGAGAAGAUGUAAUAUUGCAUAAUGAGGCGCCCACAGACUUUUAUAUAUUGGUCACUGGUGCUGUGGAUCUGAUGGAAUACAAGGAUGGAUCGCUAAGGGUGGUUGGGGAGGCACAAAUGGGGGAUGUAUUUGGUGAGAUAGGGGUACUAUGUUACAGGCCACAAACGUUCACCGUAAGGACCAAACGGCUGUGUCAGCUGUUGCGUCUCAACCGAACCUCCCUCAUGAAUAUUGUUCAGUCAAAUGUUGAAGAUGGGACCAUAAUCAUGAGAAAUCUUCUUCAGCAUAUGAGGGAUAUGAAGGAUCCCUCAACGGAAGAUGUCAUGAUAGAGACUGAAAGUAUGCUUGCUAGAGGGAGAACAGACCUUCCUUUUGGAGUUUGUUCUGUAGCAAGUGCAGGAGAUGAUAAGCUAUUGGAACAGCUUCUUCAACAGGGAUUAGAUGCCAAUGAAACUGAUCACUGUGGACGCACUGCUCUACAUUUGGCAGCAGCAAAAGGAUUUAAAGAAUGUGUUCGUUUGCUACUAGAUCAGGGGGCUGACCCCAAUAUCAAAGAUUUUGAAGGCAGGGUUCCUCUAUGGGAAGCAAUGCUCGGAGGUCAUGAGGAGGUAAAAACCCUAAUGUUUGAGAAAGGCGCAAGACUCAACCAAAGUGAUGCAGGCCUCUAUGCAUGCAUGGCAGUUGAGAAAAAUUGCCUUGACACCCUCGAUGCCAUCAUACACCAUGGAGGCAAUCCCGCACUACCUGCUCCUUUGACAGGCUCAACUGCGCUCCACACUGCAGUUUCUGAAGGCAAUGUCGAAGCUGUCAAAGCCCUCCUAAACCUUGGAGCUGAUUUUGACAAGCCUGACCUCAUUGGGUGGACUCCUAGAGCUUUAGCUGAUCAACAAGGUCAUGAUGAAAUAAAGGUCCUUUUCCAAAAUGUAUCUGAAAAUGUAGAUCUUGCCUCUGCUAUUCGACCAAAUGUGAACUUUGAAAAUGUGAAGAAAAUUCAUAGUGAGCCUUUCAUUCGAAAGUAUAUGCCCGAAAAUGGAGUUGGGAGCUCAAUGCCGAGACGACGGCGCACAAAUAACUACCAAAACUCAUUGUUCGGGGUCAUGUAUGGUGGGGACAGAAUGAUAGGUUUUUGGGACACACCGGGUAAUGUGGAGAGGUUGAGGAGGAGGGUGACAAUUCAUGGCGUGGAAAAGGAGAGAGGUAGUGGGAAGCUGAUUCUUUUACCUGAUUCAAUUGCAGAGUUGUUGAGGAUUGGGGGGGAGAAGUUUGGGUUUUCGCCCACAAAGGUGGUCAAUUCAGAGGAUGCAGAGGUCGAGGACAUUGAGGCAGUGAGAGAUGGUGAUCACCUCUUCCUAGUUAGAGGAGGUGAUGGCUAAUAAAAAUGAGGAGCAUCCUGAAGAUGGAAUGGUUCAUUGUUGGAUUUCAAUUGGAUUUGCAGUGCUAUGAUUUUCAUACCGUGCAAUGAAGUUCAGAUAUUAGGAUUGUUUGACGAGCAGGGUGCAAGAGGGGGCGUGAGAAGAUGCAACUGCAGUUGGUUAACGUAGGAGAAAGAAGCAAUGAAUGCAGAAUGAGUUUGAUGGAAUGGAUCUAAGGGGGCAGGUGGUUUGAACUUUGAAAUGUGAGAAGGAAUGAAACUGCAUUCGUUUGCUUAGAAGGCUGCAUUAAUGGGUGUGAUGUGAAUCACAACACCGUGUGAUGCAUUGAGUGAAAUUGGUUAGAAUGAGUAGAAAUCUUGUUCUAGUUCCACUUUUGUGGGAUUGGAUGAUCAACAUGCGGCAACACUGAUGACUUGUUAUCCUCUGAAUGAAAUUAAGAAAGUGUAUCUUUACGGUGCUUUUAUAGUCUGUG